CCUUAGGUUAUCGUUAAUGAUUCAACACCAGAGCUGCUGAGAUUGACAGAUAGAGAAAGAGGAGGAAAGAUUGAGAGUGAGAGAUAGCCGGAGAGGAGUAAAAAUAGUAAAAGCUGUGGAGCAGACAUGGCAAUGUAAGCUGAGAAAGUGGGCAGCGGUAGAAAAAGAAGAAGAAGAAGAGGAAGUAAUGCCAGAGAGGUUGCAGACUGUAUGUUUGUAUCUGCUCAUGUGUGUCCAGUCUGUAGACAGUCUGGAGGUCAAGAAGAAAUUGAACACACAGUGAAUACUUCUCUACAACUGAAGGGUGAGCAGCUCACAGUGAUUAUUUGGCUCCUAUGAUCCAUGCGGCCUUUAUAAGCUGGACGGAUAUUCAUCGUCUCUCCUGAUCCACACACACAGCCUGCAGUUAUGGAGAAGCAAGUAGAGGAUCUGAAGCAGCAGCUAGAAAAGCAAUGUCUGAUCAACCGGGAGCUGCAGAGGCAAAACAAAGACCUGGAAAAACGACUGCAGGAGAAAGAAAAGUUUUUGCAGGAUCUCCAGAGUCAAUAUCAUGAUCUGGAGUUUCCCUCCCAGAGUGGUAAUGAGAUUGAACCAGAGGUCAGGAAGAGCCGUGCGGCUGUCAUCGCCCCUGAACCAAUCCCAGAGACCCUGGAGAUUACACGCACCAGGGUCAAGAAAACCUCCAGUGAGACAAAUCUGAUUGUCAAAGCCAUCCAAAAGAACGACUUCCUGAGCCGCCUCGACGAUGAGCAAACAGCCAUGAUGGUGGAUCUUUUAUCGGUGUUUAAUUUCAAACCGGGGGAGGACGUCAUUAAAGAGGGCUCUGAAGGAGACAGCAUGUACAUAGUGGCAUCUGGUGAGCUCGUUGUCACCCAGGCAGGCCGGGACCUCCGCACCCUAACCACAGGUGAUGUGUUUGGGGAGCUGGCCAUCCUGUACAACUGCAAACGGACAGCAACAGUUAAAGCAAAGACCAAAGUGCGUCUGUGGAGCAUGGAGCGACAGACCUACAGGACGAUCAUUACCAACAAGUCCAAGAAGAAACGGGAGCAGCUCAUGGGCUUCCUGAAAACAUCUCGCACUCUGAAGGACCUGAAUGAUGUUCAGCUGUCCAAAAUUAUUGAUUCAAUGGAGGAGGUGAAGUACCAAGACAAAGAUGUUAUAGUCCGAGAAGGAGCAGAAGCAAACACAUUCUACAUCAUCCUCAAAGGAGAGGUCCUGGUGACUAAGAACGUGAACGGACAUCAGAAGCAGAUUCGUAGGAUGGGAAAAGGGGAGCAUUUCGGGGAACAGGCUCUCAUACGUGAAGUCUUGAGAACUGCCACCUGCACUGCUGACGGCCCUGUCACCUGCUUCUCCAUUGACAAAGAGGUGUUUGAAGAGACGAUUCCCAUAGAGCACCUGGAGCUGUUUGAUGACUCCAAAGUGCUGCAGGAGGCACAAGCACCAGAGAAGUCCAGUCCCAGCUCCACUCUGAGGUUUAAGGAUCUGGUUCCUGUGUUGUAUCAGGAAGGUCGCUAUCAAGGAGAUAAUGUCACGCUCGGAGUCGGAGGGUUUGGCCGCGUUGAGUUGAUGACCACUGUGAACCAUGGGGCAUAUUACGCCGUGAAGCGAGUCAGCAAGAAAAACAUUGUUGCUAAGAGACAGGAGGAGCACAUGCUGUUUGAGAAGGCGAUCCUUAAAUCCAUCCAGUGUGACUUCAUCGUCAGACUUCAUGCUGCUUUUAAAGACACACGAUACAUACACAUGGUCAUGGAGUUCUGUGCUGGAGGGGAGAUCUGGACCAAACUCAAAGAAGUAGGGCGUUUUGAUGAGCCCGUCGCUGUGUUCUGCACUGCCUGUGUGGUGGAGGCCUACGCCUACCUUCACAAGAAAAACAUCAUGUACAGAGACCUUAAGCCUGAGAACCUGAUGUUGGACGCGAAGGGCUACGUCAAACUGGUGGACUUUGGUUUUGCCAAGAUGAUGGUGCGCGGUGAGAAAACCUACUCAUUUGUCGGCACUCCUGAGUACAUGGCCCCAGAGAUCAUCAAGAACCAAGGGCAUGACUUUGCAGUUGACUUUUGGUCCCUUGGUGUCCUGAUCUUUGAGCUAUUGGUGGGAAGUCCUCCCUUUUCCAGUUCGGAGCCUCAGAAGAUUUAUGCCAAGAUUUUGGACGGUGUGCUCAAGUAUCCUCCUUACUUGAGUGAGGCAGCCAAGUCCAUUAUCAGCAAACUGUGCAGACCUCGACCAGGUCAGAGGUUAGGAAACACCAAAAAUGGAAUCAAAGAUGUCCGACAUCACAGGUGGUUCAGCAGUAUGAACUGGCACAAGCUGCGCGUGGGUCAGCUCAACGCCCCCACAGUUCGACUCAUACGCAAGGGCCCCUGCUACAUCAACUUUGAUCGUUUCCCUGCUGAUCAAACGAAGGCAGAGGAGGAGUUCUCUGGUUGGGACCGUGACUUCUAAUAUUAAAGUAUCACCCAGAUAUGGAUCUAAAUCAGGAUAAAAUCACUUUAAAAACAACACACGGUAACAUAACCCAUUUCAUAUUAAUCCGAUUAUGACAUUAAGAGUCAAACUUCAGGGAGCCACCCCUUCCAAAUUAUUUAUCAAAGCCUCUCUGUUGCUAUAGAGAGACAACAUCUAAGUGGCAAAGGGCCAAAACUAUGAGGAGGUGUUAAGAUGAGAUGUUAGGACGUUCUGUUUCCAAAUGCAGUGCAGGGAGAUUUGGUGCAUGAUGAAGAAGUGUUGAUAACAUCAUGCACAUAACACUCUUCACUGAUUAGAAUAAAAUCUGAGUGCUUGCUAUCUGAGAAAAAAGGCUUGAGUCAUUUUGGCCAGCUCAUAACAAACCUGACAAUUAAAUCGAUACUGAUGUCAUUCUGAUCUGAUCAGUAUCUUCUCCAAUGUUUCGUGUUAUUUUGGAUCUAUGUUAGUUUUAGAGAUAAAACAUGCUUACCUGCUUGACGUAAAGCUGUUAAAUGCUUUGAUAUUGUUAAAGUUGUUAU